CCGCCGGCCGGGACGAAGGGCAAGACGGUGGCCGAGAAGGCACGGGUCGGCGGACGGUGGCCGAAGAGGUCGGGCAUGGAGCACUUGGAGCGCUGCGCGUGGGUCCUCAGGGGAACACUGGUGCGGGCGGCUGUGCGGCGAUACCUGCCCUGGGCCCUGGCAGCCUCCAUGCUGGCGGGCUCCCUCCUCAAGGAACUCUCACCGCUGCCCGAGAGCUAUCUCAGCAACAAACGCAACGUCCUCAACGUGUAUUUUGUCAAAGUGGCCUGGGCCUGGACCUUCUGUCUCCUCCUGCCUUUCAUCGCCCUCACCAACUACCACCUGACAGGCAAGGCUGGCCUGGUCCUGCGGCGGCUGAGCACCCUGCUCGUGGGCACGGCCAUCUGGUACGUGUGCACAGCCAUCUUCUCCAACGUGGAGCACUACACGGGCAGCUGCUACCAGUCGCCAGCCCUGGAGGGGGUGAGAAACGAGCCCCUGAGUAAGCAGCAGUGCCACGGGCAAGGAGGCUUCUGGCACGGCUUUGACAUCUCCGGCCACUCCUUCCUGCUGACCUUCUGCGCCCUCAUGAUUGUGGAGGAGAUGGCCGUGCUGCACGAGGUGAAGACGGACCGAAGCCACUGCCUCCACGUGGCCAUCACCGCCCUGGUGGUCGCCCUGGGCUUCCUGACCUUCAUCUGGGUGUGGAUGUUCCUGUGCACGGCCGUUUACUUCCACAACUUGUCCCAGAAAGUGUUUGGCACCCUGUUCGGGCUACUGGGCUGGUACGGGACAUACGGGUUCUGGUAUCUGAAAUCCUUUUCCCCCGGCCUUCCUCCCCAGAGCUGUAGUUCGAACUUGAAGCAAGACAGUUAUAAGAGAUAAAAGAGGCGCACAAGGGAUGACAGCAGGACAGUGGCUAAUAGAUCUUUCCAUUUUUCUUCGUUACAGGACUAAAUUAUUGAUCCUGCUUCCGUGAGGAAGCUUACCAGGCAGUUUUGGUGGGCGGCGGGGGCGUCUGGGGAGCGAGGUCAGGCCCCCGACUGUUCUUGGUGACAUUACCCUGUGUCACAAGCACCGCCGUUCCCAGUCAGGCACUUUGCGUCCCCGGCAAGACUUGACCUUAAUCUGGAACAUCCUUUUUGUCCCUAGAGGGCCAAGCUCGGGCUCAGCGGGAGGACAGAAUCAGGAAAGCCUCUAUUGUGGGCUGAAGGGGGCGGCCAGGGCCUCAGGACUCUGCCGCCACCAGACUCUCCCUGAUUCUUGUCUUCUCCGUUAAUGGCUGUUAAAGCUGUAGUUUAACAGUAUUUCCCUCUGAUCAGUUCUGCACAAGCAUUUGUUUCCAGCAGGAUCCUUUAUAAAACAGCCAACCGCCUGAAAGACUCACUCUGGUUGUACUAUUUGUUUCAUUUGUGGAAUGUCAAAUAUUGCAACUGGCUUGUGAUUAGCUACCCAAACAGUUAAACUGGAGUGCCUCUGCGACGGAGUAUUGGAUAAUUUUUUAUGUAAUGAACACUGAUAAUUUCCUGUCUAUGUUGUUUAUUAUCUGUCGGUUUCUGGAGCAAUAAGGUUACUACCCUCCCCCUUCUAUUUUGAGUGAAUGCUCUAUGGUUUUUAAUGACAACUGUGGCAUUUGUUCUUUGUUGACAAAACUCCUGAAAAAAACUCACAACUCCAGUGCUGCAUUUUGGCACAUGUGUAGAUUGCUCUGAGGGUUUUUUAGAACACUAAUUUACCCUUUUUUUUAAUAAACCGAACUCUUGGCUUAUGGUAUUUAAUUCAAGCUCAUAGGGCUGUUUUCUCUGUUAAGUAUAAAGCCGGAAAGCGGACAUUUUAAUAACUUGAUGAAUUUUAAGCUGAGUCAGAGUAAUUUUGCACAAUGCAUAUUUGCACUGAAACUGUCCUGACCACAUGUCAGUGGUGUAGAUGGAACAAUUCUUCAGAGUCAUAUGGGAAUAAGUCUUCUGUCCGUUGCUGUAGCCCAAGGUGCUUUUACCUCCUGGGCAAGAUUGCGAGAAGGAAGUCCGAAGUGGAGGAAAAUAUCCUUGCUUCUGAUGGCAAGAAGCCAGCCUGUUGGCAAAAGUGCCCCUGUUAAGUGGUGGCCUGACUUUGGCCCCACCCUCCUCUUCCUUGGCCCACCACCAGAACCCAACCACACUUGUGCGUGUUCACCUGGCCUUGAACUCCACCUCUUCCUUCCCCUUUGCAACAUUUGUCCAUUUCCAGCCUUGGCCUUGUGUGGCCCUCGCCGUGAGUGUGCCUGUCCCCUCCACCCCACGAAGGCCCAGUUACCGCUCUGAGAUAAGGUACUCCUUGCCCCUUUCUGGCUGUCUCCUUACACCUUUCAAGCCCAGCCCCUUGCAUUUUGGAUAAUCAUCCUGGAAGCUUCUUUGAUGCCCCUCCUACCCCCAGCCAAGGCUGGUAAUGGCAUUAACUGAUAAGCACUACAUUUGACUGGCUUAACUCAAGCUUAGGUUGUUAGAAGCUUGAGGUCUCGAAAAUCUUGAGUGUAAAUUGUAUUGCGUGUAAAGAUGUACUUAAAAUCUGUAGUUCAUAUCCCAUCCCCACAGGUUAACCUGUGCCCAUCAAAAUGUAAGGUGUGAUGAUGUCGUACCCAAAGAUGGCAGAAACACCUGGCAGUGAGGUUUUAGCCGUGUCACCAUGGUGCUCGGGGAGCGUUGGCAAGAUGUGAUGAGCCCCAGGAGACUUGUUCAGCCCUCAGGAUUUUAGGUCCAUAAACAGGGUGGAGUCAGGGUGGGGUGGGUGCAGGGGCUUGUUGAAGGGAUUGAGAGCUCUCCUGAGUUUCAGGUUCAGCACCGGAAGGCCACAGGCUCAAGGUGACCCAGAACUUCAUUUGCCACACUUAAGUCUGCAGACGCUUCUGCAGAUCCGAUUCAGGCUCGGCAUUAAAUUAUCCUGUGGAAAGCAUCCAUUACCGAAUCUUACGUAUUGAUUAGUCUUCUGCCACUUCCCGUUCAGUCUUAGCACCUUUGCCCGACUCCUGGGAACAUGCUCUCAGUCUCUACGUGAGACAGCAUGGCACGGCUGAAAGGGUUGAGGUUUAGGCAAACGAGAGAUGUGGGUCCAAGUCUUGUCACCAGGACUGGGCGCUCUCUGACUCUGGGCAAGCCUCAGUUUCCCGUCUGUAAAAAGGAGAUGGUUCUGUCAGGAUUAAGGGAAGUGACACAUGUCAGAUGCCCGGCACUUGUGCUGCAGGUAAUAAUCCUGCCUCCCUUUUCCUCACUAAGCCUUAGAGCUUCUAGGCUCCUCCAGAGAAGGCAGGGAGACGAACAUCUUUUGAGCGUCAUUUGGGGUGGGGUGGGGUCCUGCUGAAAUAGCCUUGUGUUGUCUUUGAAAGGUGUCUGUUCCCCAGGUGCUGAACAAGAGGCUUUUGAGGGCAUCUGUGAUCACAGGUACGGCCGUGCUUGUUCUGCCUUUCUGUGUUGAGGUUCAUUCAGCGGCACCUCAUUUUCCACGUGCAUCUGUCAUCGUCUGAGUACCAGAUUGUAUUUAGAGACUGGCUCUUGCCACUGUUAUGUACACAUAUGGAGCGUGUGUGUAAACAGGCAAACUAAGUAAACUGGAGAUAAUGAAAUCCCA